AUGGUUUCUCAGACUCCCUUCCGCGCUGCGGAAUUCAAGAGCGCCUACGGCCCCAAGUACGCUUUCCAGCCCAACUACCGCGGCAUCAGCGUCCAGACUGCCACCCGAUAUGGCUUCCGAGCUGCCACCAUCGGCGGUGGUCUCGGCGUUGCUCUGAUGCUCUUCGCCUCCAGCCUGCCCCGUGUCCGUUCAGACAUCCUCGUAAAAAUCCCCUUUGUUGGCGGCUUCUGGGAGAAGCAGGAGGUUCACCCUGCCGACAACCCCUUCUAA